GAGGGCGUAAUAUCCAAGAUGGCAGCGCCCAUGAAUGAUCAUGCCACCAGUGCGAUGCCAUCAGAGACAGCAGAAAAGGACGAAAGAACUGAAUCCAGCCAAUCAAAUAUAGACAAAAGAAGCUGGAAUGAAAGGAGAAAACACUUAAAUUGUAUUGAAAGGGCAGAUUUUGCUUGCAAACACAAUCCUUAUGUAAAAUUCAUGCUUGUUGCCAUGGAACAAAUUGGAUGCCCAGUGGAUCUAGAUACACACAUAGUGUGUGAGCCGUGUGCUAGUGACAGUCCUGUCAAUGGAGGCUUUGAUCCCGUUAAUGGUCAGAUUGUUUUAUGUGAAAACAAGAGCCCUUCCCAAAGAAUAUUGAGUACGCUUCUCACCCACGAGCUGAUACAUGCGUACGAUCACUGUAGAGCCAAAGUGGACUGGACGGAUAUAAGACAUGUUGCUUGUUCAGAGAUAAGAGCUUCCAGUUUGAGUGGUGAUUGUUCUUUCUUGAGUGAUAGUCUUUACAGCUGGAACUUCAGAUUUAAGAAUCAUCAUCAGACUUGUGUGAAGAGAAGAGCUAUUGGUUCCAUAUUGGCGGUCAGGGACGUUUCUCGAGAGGUUGCAGAGAAAGCCGUCGAUGAUGUCUGGGAGACAUGCUUCAAAGACUAUGCACCUUUCACCUGUAUACCAAGGAGACCAGCUGACCUGAAAUCAGCAUCACAUGAUCAAUCACAUGACCAGAAAACUGCUUUUCCACCAAAAAGAUAACACAUGGUUAGACAACCUAUUUGAACUGAAAUGGUUUUGCAGAUGGAUGUGCUUGUGGUAUGUGUUGUAUCACACAAGGAUAAUAAAAUAAUGAUUGACAAUCUGAAGAAAGAUUGAACAUUUAUCAUUACUGAUUUCUUGAAGAAAUUUAUGGUGCCAUAAGACUCAAGCAGAUGCUGCUGAGAAAUGUAUUAGAAUGCAUGAAUUCAAUAUGAACAGGUUCUUGUAGUCCUUAUAUUUCACUUCUAUUUUUAUUUACUGAUGUUCACACUGCUUUCUUUAGGUAUUCAAAACGCAAUAGUUGGAACGACCCUAUUCUUAUAUUCCUGCUCUUUUGUACUGACAAAAUACAAAGUUUGCAUGUUAAUUUUAUAUGAUGAUUUACACUUCCUCAAUUUUUUUAUCCUCUUCUGUAUGCAAAUACUUCCCAAUGACAUGAAUAGAUGACUUGUGAAUAUUUGGCAUGAAUGAUAUCAUGAAUUAACUUGGCUGUGGAAAUAUUGGAAUUUACUCUCUGUGAUAAAAAAAUGACUGAAUAAUAUCAAUUUCCACCAGAGAUAAUUUAGAUCAUUUGAAUUCAUGUACAUAACAGGGUAUGCUUUAUGGUAUUCAUUAGUAAGUUACUUCAGCACAAUGACAAUGAGACACAGGUGCCCCAUAUUCAACAAUAUGGUUUGAUUAUGGUCUAAAUCAGUAGUCUUACUAUGGAAUGAUAGAUGUGGCACAAAUCAUUAACUUUAGAUGUUCACUUCAUCAGAUCAUUUGGCAUUGUAACCACUCAAAGCCGUAAACGACAACUAGAUUUGUUACAUAUUUGCUUAAUACAAUGUUUAUUUGCUUUCGUCUUAUGCAUUGUAAAGUGCUCAGAAAACCACUCCAGGUUUUGUGCUUUUAAAAUUAUUCUUAAGUUAUAUCAGAGUACAAAUCACGGGCCAAUAUGAACUUGAUGACUGGUUUUGUUUUUGUUCAUGCAAUUUGACAAGUCUUGAUUUUAUUUUCUCUUGCCUUAUUAAUCUCUUUAAUGAGUAAAAGUGAAGAGAGAAAAGAUUAUAUUAGCUGCAUUUUAUUUCCUACAAUCAAAAGGGGCAAUUUUUUGCAAUUGUGUGCAAUUUGUGAGCAUGAUUCUUAUGUUUUUGUAUUCAUUUACAGCACACACAGGAGCUAAAAACCGGAGAUAGAGAUAUAGCGUCUUCUUUACAAGACACUUACUUAUGCAGUUUCUCAUUAUCCAGAGUAAGAAAGAAAAAAUAUGCUGACUUAAUUGAUACCAUUUUCCAGUGCAGUAUGUAUUACACGCUCUAAAUUGGCAGUGGAAAUAAAAUCUGUUUAAAAAUGCAAAUUGCCAACAAA